AUGUUCUACGUCGAGAUCACGCCAAUCGUUAUUCAAUACCUUGUCGUGAACGCUCAUGUGUUCUUGGACUUGAAGCAAGGCCUCAAAAUGUUUUUCCAGGAUGUCGUUCGCGCACUGUUAUCUGGAAAUAAUCCUUAUCUCGAUAAGACACAAGAGGAUAUUCUUGUCGACUCUGUAGAGUUUCUGGGUGGAUUGCACUACUUGAGAAGGUCACAAUUUCCUUGCCCUCAGCCGUACAACUUCUCAAUUCGUGUUUAUAACAGGCUGACCCCUGAUGUUUUCCAUGGCCGCUCCAGUUGGAGCAUUCAAGCGCUCACUCGAUAUACCAUCACGCGCAAAUACUCCCGAGCGAAUCUCCCGCCAUUUGAACGCUGGGCCUACGAUGAGACGAUGCGUGUCUUUGUCAAUGCUGCAAUUGACACCUUUGUGCCACUCUACUCAAUUAACCCAUCCUCUAAUCACGCAGAAAAAGAGAUGCUCGAUCUGAUCAAGCUUUGCUUCGACAUGGGCGUGCAGUCUCAAAACAAGCGAGCUUUGGACCAUAUGCUCACACCCCCUCCAGAUCGAAGCAUCGAGAUUCACACAUUGAAUUGUCUUGUGCCAUUUAUAAACGUAUUGGCACAGUUUCUCAAGACCGUGCAGCUCGGCCUCACAAACCAACCUUUCAACAAGUUUGUGGCUACCGUUCUUCAACGCUAUGUCGACCAGGUUGUGGGUCAGCAACCUUCUGGUGUUUGCCCCACUCCAGAGCAGAUAAAAGGGCUAGGCUGUGCCUGUGCGACAUGCGUUCAAUUUCAAGCUUUUCUAAGUGACGCGCAAUCCGAAUCAAGAAGCGUCUCAAGCCUGGACAUGUCCCAUGUCGAGGAGCAUUUUGCAACGGCAACAAAGGCUUGGGAUGUGAGAUGGGAGGUACAAUACCGUGGACGUCGAAGCUACGUCAACCGCUCCCUGUUGGUGACCAAGCCGCAAGUCAUGCUGAGCAUUUUGCGGUGGAGAUCGAGUGCACAAACGGCAAAAACGAUACUAGUCAGUCUAGGCGAUCCCCAACGUCAGGCCGAAAUCCUCGGGGACGAGUACGAUUCGAUUUGUGCUCGCAUCGGCUUGGAGUAUUUGCGACCGGAGGUUACUUUGAACCCCAUUCAGUGA